AUGUCCUGGAAAGGCUUAACGAAAGCAGUAACCCGCACCCCCCACCUCAUCAACGGCAAAAAAUCAUCCAACGACGCAAUCUUCCAAGACGCUCUAACAUCCCUCAAACACGCCCAACAUACCCUCGACAUCCUCAUCUCAGACUCCACCAAACUCGUCGCUGCAUGGCGGAAGUUGCUUUCUCCCGAUUUGGCAAGUGCAUGGAUCGGGUUGGCGGAGUGUGAUCCGAAGGGGGAUGAUGGUGGGGAGGUGGAGAAGGUGAAGGCGUUUAGGGAGGUUAUGAAGGUGGUUGAGGUGGAGGUUGGGAGGGAGCUGGAGAGGGUUGAGAGUGGGGUCGUUAAUCCUUGUAGGCGGUUGAAGGAAAUAUUUGGGAUCGCUGAGAAAGCCAUCAAGAAGCGGGAUCACAAGAAGCUCGACUACGACCGCUACACAAACUCCCACGACAAACUCUCCUCAAAACCCUCCCUCUCCCCCAAAGACCAAUCCUCCCUCGACCGCCUCACCGCCGACCUCGCCCUCGCAACCGAGACUUUCCGGACCCACGACGCUAAACUGCAAGAAACUCUUCCCCAACUCAUCGCGCUCUGUUCCGAGUUCUUCGAUCCGAUGGUCAAGAUUACGUGGUGUGUCCAACUCGACUUGUUUACGGGGUUGUAUCGGUGUUUGUAUGAGUAUGCGCCGGGGAAGAACACGGUGUUGGAUGAGGAGGGGUGGAGGAGCAAUUUCGAACCUAUUCGGAGGGAGGCGGAGACGUUGGGGUUGAUUCGACAGUUUGAGGGGAGGGAUAUGGCGAGUACAUAUCUCGCUAAUGAUCGGCCUUCCCUGACGUCCCGACUUUCCACUGGAAAGGAACUCGUGAUGGGGUUGGGGAAGAAGAAGGCACCGCCGCCGCCGCCCCCGGUGAAUCCACCGAAAGGCCGGACGGGGAGUUUGUCUGGGGAGCAGGGAGAGGCGAGGCCGGAGGUACCCGGGAAACCGAGUCUUGGGCUCAAACCCUCUCUUCCCUCAAAACCUACCUUGGCGCGUCCACCGUCCUAUGCCUCCGUCGAGGACGAGAAGGGUGGAUUAGGUGUCGCAGCCAUCACGGCCGGGAUGGGAAAGUUGGGUCCCACCAUCGGAACCAGUCCCACGAGCCGUCGGGUGAGUAAUGGUUCGUUAUCGCCACCAACCCUAAAACCAAAACCCUCUCUCUCCCCGAAACCAUCAUACACCACCACCUCCCCAUCCUCUCCCUCCCCGAUCUCCGGUGGAUCAUCCCCUAAACCCCGACCACCCCCGCCUCCGCCCCCCUUCAAACGCGCAACGGGCAACGAGGUCUACGCAACGGCGUUGUAUGACUUCUCAGCGCAGCAAAGUGGUGAUUUGAGUUUUAGGGAGGGCGAGAGGGUGAGGGUUACGAAGAGGGGGGAGGACGGGGGGUGGUGGGAGGGAGUUGUGGAGGGGGGGGAAGGGGGGUGGGGAGUUUUCCGAGUACGUAUGUUAGGGUCGAGUGAGUUAAGGGAGUAUUGA